AUGAAGCAGAGAUACUCUUCUCUGGAUGUUCAGGUAAUAUCCAAAGAACUGGCCUCAGAACUAGUUGGCCUUCGCGUGUCGAACAUCUAUGACCUUUCAACAAGAAUCUUCCUGUUCAAAGUCGCCAAACCCGACCACCGCAAACAACUGAUCGUUGACUCUGGUUUCCGCUGCCAUGUGACUCAAUACUCGCGAGCAACAGCAGCAACGCCCUCCGGCUUCGUGAGCCGCCUUCGCAAAUACCUCAAAUCCCGCCGCAUCACUUCAGUAACCCAAAUCGGCACUGACCGCAUCAUCGACUUCAGCUUCAGCGAUGGCAUGUAUCACAUGUUGCUCGAGUUCUUCGCAAGCGGGAACAUCAUUAUCACCGACCGAGACUACACAAUUAUCGCGCUUCUUCGUCAGGUACCAGGUGGUGAGGGAAUGGAGGAAGCAAAGGUCGGUUUGAAGUACACCGUGACGAACAAGCAGAACUACAGCGGCAUUCCGCCGAUCACGCGAGACCGAAUUCGAGAGACGCUGGAGAAAGCGAAGGCUCUUUUCGCGCAGGAAAACGACGCGCCCAAGAAGUCGAAGAAAAAGAGUACAGACGUUCUGCGUAGGGCUCUAUCCCAGGGAUUCCCAGAAUACCCACCGCUCCUACUGGAUCAUGCCUUUGCAACUCGAGCCGCUGACCCCGCAAUGCCGCUCGAUCAGGUCCUGGGCGAUGCGGGUCUUAUUGAUGUGGUCUUAGGUGUUCUAGAGGAGGCACAGAACGUAACCAAGGAUUUGUCUGCGGAUAAAGCACAUCCUGGGUUUAUUGUUGCGAAGGAAGAUACACGUCCAAAGCCGCCAGGACCGGAGUCUGAAAAAAACGACUCGCCCUCGAAGCCUGCUCUACUCUACGAAGAUUUCCAUCCAUUCAAGCCGCGACAGUUUGAAGGAAAGGACGGUUUCACCAUUUUGGAAUACCCUUCUAUGAAUGCGACGGUCGACGAAUAUUUCUCAUCCAUCGAGUCCCAGAAACUAGAAUCACGAUUGACGGAACGGGAGAGUGCGGCCAAGAAAAAGCUCGAUUCGCUGAGGAGUGAACAUGAAAAGCGCAUUGGGGCUCUUGAGCAAGCCCAAGAGUUGCAUAUUCGGAAGGCAAGCGCUAUCCAGGACAAUAUGGAUCGUGUGCAAGAGGCAAUGGAUGCUGUCAACGGAUUAGUUGCGCAAGGCAUGGACUGGGUUGAAAUUGCGCGUUUGGUAGAGAUGGAGCAGAAACGCGGAAACCCAGUCGCAAGUCUAAUCAAAUUGCCGCUGAAACUCCACGAGAACACAAUUACGCUUUUACUCAGGGAGGCUGGAGAUGAAGGAUAUGAGGUAGAGGAGCUUUUCUCAAGCGACGAGUCUGAAGAUUCUGAUGAGGAGGAAGGGAAGGGAGCAGCAAGCCCGCAGAAGAAACCCGAAGGUUUGACGAUAGAUAUCGAUCUCGGCCUUAGCCCUUGGGCCAACGCUUCACAAUACUACGAGCAGAAGAAGGUGGCUGCGGUCAAGGCUGAGAAAACAUCACAAUCUUCUGCAAAGGCGCUAAAGAGCCACGAAAGGAAAGUUCAGGAUGAUCUCAAGCGUAAUCUGAAGCAGGAGAAGCAGGUCCUGCGACCUGCUAGGAAGCCUUUCUGGUUCGAGAAAUUCCUCUUUUUCGUCUCUUCGGAAGGAUAUCUAGUUCUUGGUGGUCGCGACUCUAUGCAAAGCGAAAUGCUCUACCGUCGAUAUCUCCGGAAGGGGGACGUAUUCGUACACGCCGACCUGGAGGGCGCCACGCCAAUGAUAGUCAAGAACAAACCAGGAGCGUUGAGCUCUUCCAUAUCCCCAACGACCCUAUCACAGGCGGGCAAUCUUUGUGUUGCGACUUCGACGGCGUGGGACUCGAAAGCAAUUAUGUCCGCAUACUGGGUUGAUGCGGCCCAGGUAUCCAAGACUUCUGCUGUCGGCGACCUUCUACCUGUUGGCGAAUUUCUUGUCAAAGGGGAAAAGAAUUUCCUUGCCCCGUCACAGCUAGUUCUGGGCUUUGCUGUAAUGUGGCAAAUUAGCAAGGGAAGCCUCGUCAACCAUAAGAGCUUUAGAUCUGAAGAAGCACUUGUUUCGCAAGCUCGGGUGACAGGCGAGGAUAAUAUUGCUAAUGUUCAGGAAGGAAACCCAGAUAAGCUUAUUCAGGCUUCCGAGAAGGCUGACGGGGCGGAGGAACAGAAGCAGGAGCAGGAAGAGGAACAAGCGGAAGGUUCAGAGGAGGCGGAGACGCACAAAGAAGAAGUUACAGAUCUCGCAGGUACCGUUGAACAAGAGGAUACGCAAGAGAAUGAAGGCCAAGGCGAGGCAGACGAAGAGGCGGAAGGACAGGACGAGAAGGACGAGCGGGCAGAUGACCAGUCGGGAAAGGACGACGCCGAAGGCGUAGCUACCCCACGAUCCCAAGGGAAGCGACACCUCUCUGCAAGAGAAAAACGCCUACUGCGCAAAGGGAAGCCUAUUGACACACCAACUGCGAGGUCCGAAGCUGCAAGCGACCGCUCAACACCAGCAGCUAACGGAACGUCCACUGGGCCCGAAACAAAGCCCGCCCCAGCCCCAGUCCGCGGCCGUAAAGGCAAAGCAAAGAAAGCUGCAUCCAAAUAUGCGGAUCAAGACGAGGAGGAACGAGCACUGGCGCUUCGUCUUUUGGGCGCAAACAACGCCAAAGCACAGAAAGCCGCCGCCGAAGCCGAGGCGAAGGCGAAACGGGAGAAAGAAGCUGAAGAGGCAAAGAAGCGCCGCAAAGCGCAACACGAACGAGCCGCCCAGGCGGAGCGCAAACGACAGGCUUUGUUUGAGGAAGGAGCAACUGAUGACUAUGACGAGGAAACUGCCGCUGCCGAAGCGGCUGAUCUUGAAUGGCUACCUGCACUCGUGGGGACGCCUCAUGUCGACGACGAAAUCUUGGCGGCUAUCCCGAUAUGCGCGCCGUGGUCUUCUCUUGGUCGAUACAAGUACCGAGUCAAGUUACAGCCUGGAACAGUGAAGAAGGGCAAGGCCGUCAAGGAGAUUCUAGGACGAUGGUUGGCUGAGACUACAACGGGCAAGGUUAAGAAGGAGCAUGCUGAGGAUCUGGGAAUUAGUCGAGUCGCUGCAGAGAGACUCCGCGCCAAAGAGGGUGAGUUGCUCAAGGCAUGGAAGGAUACUGAGAUCAUCAACACCGUACCAGUAAGCAAGGUACGGAUUAUGAUCGCUGGCGGUGGCGGCGACAAAGGCAAGGCGAAGGGCGGGGGUGGUAACAAGGGAGGUAAAGGUGGUAAAAAGAAAUAG